UGGUCAUGAAGGUGUGUCGAGGCAUUGCAGCGUUAUUGGUUUGUGUCGUGGGCGUCACUGCUGCUGAUCUUUGUUUGGAUUGACAAGAGGACACUACCACUGCUGAGCCAGUAGACCUUGUUCUGUAUUAUGAGUCUAUGUGCCCCUACUGUCGCGCGUUCAUCACCACCCAACUCUACCCUACCUUCACGGCUCUGCCUUCUCGUGUCCUCAAUGUCACAAUUGUGCCCUACGGCUUUGCCAGGGGAAGGCAGCGAAACGGCAUCUGGGAGUUCACCUGUCAGCACGGCUCCGAGGAGUGUCUUGGUAACAUAAUCGCCUCGUGUGCCCUGAAGCAUACCUCAUAUAAAGCCAGAGACUACAUGCCGUUCAUCAACUGUAUGGAGGCCAGCACGGUUCAUGGUCACGAGUUGACCGCCUUACACAAGUGUGCAGCUGCAAACAAGAUUUCAGAGGCCGACAUAUCGACUUGUUUGAAGAAUAAAGAUGGCAAAGACUUGUUGCACCAGAUGGCGCUGACCACACAGAGAGCGAAAAUCCACUACGUCCCUUGGAUUGUCGUGAAUGGCCAACACACCACAAGCAUACAGAACAGCGCCCAAGCAGGGUUAAUGAGUUUUAUUUGCAAGAAGUACACUGGGCUACAGCCAACAGCCUGUAAAGGCGGUUCACAUGCAUCAGUCAUAGGGUGAUGUCCUCCACAACAAUAUCUUUCAAUCUUUGGCAUCCAGCAUUGACAUUGGGGAUAUUAAAAUAUCUUUUGCGUCA